AUGGACCUGGGUGGCGGGGUGGGGGUGGUGAUGGCGGCGGUGGACGGGGGUGGCGGCGGGGAGCUCGGUGGGGGAGGGUUGCUCGGAUCUAGGCUGAUGAAGCACGGGAGGGGCAAUGCGGGGGACCAGGAGCACGAAUGGAGGCCGCCGGCGAAGCAGGCGAGGGGCGGGGACGCGUCCUCCGCCGCGGCCGCCGUGGCGGCCGCGGCGGCGGUGUCCGAGGCGGUCAAGGUGGCGGCGCCGUUCCUGCUCGGGGCGUCAUGUAGCCCCGGCCAUGGCGGGGAGCAGAUGCUCAGCUUCUCGUCCUCCGCCUCGUCGUGCUCCUCCGGCGGCGGUGGCGCCGCCGUGGCCGCUGCGGCGGCGGCUGGCGGGGCGAUGCCGCUGUACUAUGGCACGCCUGCUUCUUGCUCAGGAUUGAGCUCAGUGAGCUUGAGCAGCAGCAUGCAGGGUGCAAUGGCCAGGGUGAGGGGUCCCUUCACGCCGUCUCAGUGGAUCGAGCUGGAGCACCAGGCGCUGAUAUACAAGUACUUGGCUGCGAAUAGCCCUGUACCACACAGCCUCCUCAUCCCCAUCAGGAGGAGCCUCACAUCGCCCUACUCACCUGCCUACUUUGGCUCAAGCACAUUGGGAUGGGGAUCUUUCCAGCUGGGCUACUCCGGCAGCGCGGAUCCGGAGCCCGGCCGGUGCCGCCGGACGGACGGCAAGAAAUGGCGGUGCUCGAGGGAUGCGGUCGCCGACCAGAAGUACUGUGAGCGACACAUGAACCGGGGACGCCACCGUUCAAGAAAGCAUGUGGAAGGCCAGCCUGGCCAUGCCGCGAAAGCGAUGCCCGCGGCGGUGGCAGCAGCCGCUGCCUCUGCUACCCAGCCUAGUGCUCCGGCCGCCCACAGUGGCGGAGCUGUUGCUGGCCUCGCUAUCAACCAUCAGCACCAGCAAAUGAAGAACUACGCUGCCAACACUGCCAAUCCUUGCUCUCUGCAAUAUAGCAGGGAUCUGGCAAACAAGCAUAAUGAGAGUGAACAAGUGCAAGACUCAGACAGUCUCUCGAUGCUGACUUCCAUUAGCACGAGAAAUACGGGCAGCCUGUUUCCGUUCUCAAAACAACAUAAUCCUUUUGAAGUGUCCAACUCAAGGCCAGAUUUUGGCCUAGUAUCACCUGAUUCACUGAUGAGUUCUCCUCAUAGCUCCUUGGAGAACGUCAAUUUGCUCACUUCGCAGAGUCUGAAUGAACAACAGAGUUCAGUUUCCCUUCAACACUUUGUGGACUGGCCAAGGACACCUGCACAAGGAGCUCUCGCAUGGCCUGAUGCUGAAGACAUGCAAGCUCAGAGAAGCCAGCUCUCAAUAUCUGCUCCAAUGGCGUCUUCUGACCUGUCAUCAGCCUCAACAUCUCCCAUCCAUGAGAAGCUGAUGUUGUCACCACUUAAACUGAGCCGUGAAUAUAGUCCUAUUGGUCUCGGUUUUGCAGCAAAUAGAGAUGAGGUUAACCAGGGAGAAGCAAACUGGAUGCCUAUGUUCCGUGAUUCUUUGAUGGGCGGACCAUUGGGAGAGGUUUUAACCAAGAAUAACAACAUGGAAGCAAGGAAUUGCCUAUCGGAGUCUCUGAAUCUUUUAAAUGAUGGCUGGGAUUCAAGCUCAGGGUUUGAUUCAUCCCCAGUUGGUGUUCUGCAGAAGACCACCUUUGGAUCAGUAUCCAGUAGCACCGGAAGCAGUCCUAGACUGGAGAAUCAUAGUGUUUAUGAUGGCAACAGUAACCUGCGGGAUGAUCUCGGUUCAGUUGUUGUAAAUCAUCCGAGCAUCCGCCUGGUGUGAGCUUCUUGAUCAACAAAAAAUGCAACAAGAUGACAGGCAUGAGGAAACGAUUCAAUCAGUCUUCACCUUGUUACAUAUCGUUAUGACGUCUUCAAGUGUGAGCAUUUACCUCGGUGCUUUGUCAUUCAGACUAAUCUUGUGUUUUUGGUAUUUCUGCUCUGUUAUUUUUCCUUUGCUUUGUAACCUUCACCUUGGAUCUUGACGUGAUAUGACGUGUGGUAUGGAUGGAUUUGGUACUCCAUUGUGGCAUAUCAUCUUAAAAUAUCCCAUGCUGUGACGUCAUAAUCGCGGAUGAAUGUAAUCCGAUCCUUGUCUUGCUUUCUGGUAGUAUUCAAUGGAUUGUUUGUGAGCUGAUAUAAGUA